AUGUCUACCAUUUUAAUCUCCGGCGCCAAUAAAGGAAUUGGCCGUGGUCUGGUUAGCAAGUAUCUGGCUCGCGAUAAUGUGACUGUGAUCGCAGCUGUUCGCAACCCGAGCUCAUCAGAAGCGACCUCUCUCUCUGAAAUUCCCACGGCGGAGGGUAGUCGGUUGGUUAUUGUUAAAAUCGACGCCAGCUCUGACACCGACGCCAAAGCUGAGGUGGAGUCAUUGUCCAGCCAGGGCGUGUCAGCUUUAGACAUCGUCAUCGCCAAUGCGGGAGUCUUCGACACAGCUGCAUUCACCACCGUUUCCGAGUCUACCAUUGCCCAAAUCAGAACCCAUCUCGAUGUGAACACCCUUGGACCCGUGCGCCUCUUCCAAGCUACACUCCCUCUCCUUCAGAAGUCAUCAUCUGCCCGCUUCAUCCUGAAUAGCAGUCUAAUGGGAACGAUUGGAGGGAUCAAAGAUCUUCCUCUCAAGAUUGCGCCUUACGGGGCUAGCAAGGCGGCGGCGAACUACUUUGUCCGGAAAAUUAACUACGAGCAUGACGAUAUUGCUACCUUGGCUAUCCACCCUGGUGGGGUCAAGACAGAGGCUGGAGACAACGCUGCCAGAGCGGCAGGCUUCCCCGGCGCUUUCGUAGAGGUUGAGGAUAGUGUGAAUGCAAUUGUCACUAAGAUUGAUGGCUUGACAAAGGAGAAUGGCGCGGGCGAGUUCUGGAACAUCGACGGUACCACAAUCGGCUGGUAG